AAAUGUGGUAACCCGGCGUACCACGUCACGCAGUUGUCACAUCAUAUCGCGAUAUUUUUGUGACUCUUUUGGGUGUGUGCUUUCUUCAUGUGUGUUUUGCUACUUAUGUGGAUUAUUAGGUGAUAUUCUUCUUUUACCGGAUUGCAAUCCUAAACCGCAAACAUGCCAAAAUCGAUGAACGUCCGGGUGACGACGAUGGACGCGGAGCUGGAGUUCGCGAUCCAGCAGACGACGACCGGCAAACAGCUCUUCGACCAGGUGGUGAAGACCAUCGGCCUGCGGGAGGUCUGGUUCUUCGGCCUCCAGUACACCGACUCGAAGGGUGACCUGACAUGGAUCAAGCUGUAUAAGAAGGUGAUGCAACAGGACGUCAAGAAGGAGAACCCGCUACAGUUCAAGUUCCGCGCCAAAUUCUACCCCGAGGAUGUCGCUGACGAGCUCAUACAGGAGAUCACGUUGAAACUCUUCUACCUGCAGGUGAAGAACGCAAUCCUGUCAGACGAGAUCUACUGCCCGCCGGAGACGUCAGUACUGCUAGCAUCCUACGCUGUGCAGGCAAGGCAUGGAGAUCACAACUCGUCGAUACAUGGGCCUGGGUUCUUGGCCAAUGAUCGUCUGCUGCCGCAGCGUGUCACAGACCAGCAUAAGAUGUCCCGCGAGGAGUGGGAGCAGAGCAUCACGAACUGGUGGCAGGAGCACCGCGGGAUGCUGCGCGAGGACGCGAUGAUGGAGUACCUCAAGAUCGCCCAAGACCUCGAGAUGUACGGCGUCAACUACUUCGAGAUACGCAACAAGAAGAACACCGAGCUGUGGCUGGGUGUUGACGCGCUGGGCUUGAAUAUAUACGAGAAGGAUGAUAAACUGACGCCGAAGAUCGGUUUCCCGUGGUCGGAGAUCCGCAACAUCUCGUUCAACGACCGCAAGUUCAUCAUCAAGCCGAUCGACAAGAAGGCGCCGGACUUCGUGUUCUUCGCGCCCCGGGUGCGGGUCAACAAGCGCAUCCUGGCGCUGUGCAUGGGCAACCACGAGCUGUACAUGCGGCGCCGCAAGCCCGACACCAUCGACGUGCAGCAGAUGAAGGCGCAGGCGCGCGAGGAGAAGCUGGCCAAGCAGGCGCAGAGAGAGAAAUUACAACUGGAGAUCGCAGCACGCGAAAGAGCCGAGAAGAAACAGCAAGAGUACGAAGACCGCUUGCGGCAAAUGCAAGAGGAGAUGGAGCGCUCACAGGCGAAUCUAAUCGAAGCGCAAGAGAUGAUCCGACGGCUGGAGGAGCAGCUGAAGCAGCUGCAGGCCGCCAAGGACGAGCUGGAGCAGCGCCAGAACGAGCUGCACAACAUGAUGCAGCGCCUCGAGGAGACCAAGAACAUGGAAGCAGCGGAGCGGCAGAAGCUGGAGGACGAGAUCCGCGCGAAGCAGGAGGAGGUGUCCCGCAUCCAGCAGGAGGUGGAGCUGAAGGACACGGAGACGCGCCGCCUGCAGGAGGAGGUGGAGGAGGCCCGCCGCAAGCAGGACGAGGCGGCGGCGCUGCUGCUGGCGGCGACGACGCCGCAGCACCACCACGUGUCGGAGGCGGGCGCGGGCGCGGAGGGCGCGGGCGCGGACGGCGGCUCGGGCUCGGGCUCCGACGGCGGCUCCGAGUCGGGCGGCGGCGACCUCACGCGCGCGCCCGACGACCUGGUGGACCCGCUGGAGGAGCGCCGCACGCUGGCCGAGCGCUCCGAGCGCCUGCACAACCAGCUCAAGGCGCUGAAGCAAGACCUGGCGCAAUCCCGGGACGAGACGAAGGAAACGGCAAUGGACAAGAUCCACCGCGAGAACGUGCGCCAGGGACGCGACAAGUACAAGACUCUGCGUGAGAUCCGCAAGGGCAACACCAAGCGUCGCGUCGACCAGUUCGAGAACAUGUAACCGGAGCGCAGCGCGAUCGGCCCAACAAGUCACCGACGGCGUUCGUCAAUUAUAGUCUUUGGCUAAGAGUAUAGUUGUCCACUUGUAGUGCCAAACCGAUCCGAACCACGAACAGACACACAGAUACAUCGCUUCAUAUACAUAUUACAUGGGUUACGAUGGCUCGUCAAAGAUAACAAAUACAUAAAUAACUCUCACUGGCCUCCCGAAUAUAGAAUGUCGCCACUCGUCCAAACGAUAACGUAUCGAGUAUUACUGUGACGAACGUUCAGCGAAUGCGCACAGAGUGUGGGGGGGGGGGGGGGGCCGUCCGCGCUGGUGCUCGCCGCUCACUGAGCCGUCGCCUUAGGGCUUGUAAAUAUUGAUUAUUACUUAAUAGUAAUUUUAUUUUAGACUAUAAUGUGCUAUAAUAACCGAAUAUCUACCGACGACUAUAUCGUAUUCAAAUAUAAAAUCGAGGCACACUUUGUUUUUAUUUUAAUGAUUAAUUGUUGAGCGACUCGUCGCUCCGGCCGUUGGUUAGUUGUAACUGCGUGUGCGAAUAUGGGACCCUGCGAGCUGCGGGAACACUUGACACUUUCAUAUCUUAUCGCUGUGUUUAUAUUCAAAUUCGUAACGUGUCAGACACAGUUAUUUUUGUGGAUAUAUAAAAUUUGUACGUUAGUAUUGCUCAAAAGUGUUAAGAGUGCCCGGAGAUGGGGGGGAGGCGAUGUCCCUUAUUUAUUUUUAUAAUCAUUUAUAUUUUAGAUAUAGGAGUUUAGCUUCAAGUGUAAUUAUCGUUCCGAGUUUCUGAUAUUAUAUACAAUAGUAUGUGUUGUAUAUUCGUUCAGUUUAUUGUUGGUGUGAAAUCGGCCCGUUUCCUUUAAUUCUUGAACAAAAUUGAAGAUAGCGAAACUAUAUUUAAUUGUAUGCUUAUAUGAUGUGUAUAAUGUUUUAAUUUAAGUGAGUAAAAGGCAUUCCAAUAAGUAACUAUGCGGUGGCGUUUUAUUGUGAAAAUAGUUGCAAUAUUUUGUUUGUUUAUAAGUGCCAUCCGUUGAUGUCAGUUCUCUGGAGGCAAAGUACGAAAAUUUAAUAUUUUGGAUUUAUAAAAACGAUAUACUUAAAUUUUAGAUACAUCGACCAUUCUAUACAUAUUUAUAAUCAUAUACAUUUUGUAAAACUUUACCUACUUAACAUUUGGAAUAUAUUUUAUAAAAUAAACUUAUUAAUGGAUUCGUACUUUGCCCUCGCCUAAAUAUGAGUUAAAGAACUAAUCUUCAUACUAAAUUAUACAAAACCACGUUGCCUUUCAGUCUAGGACGAAAAUUUUUCCAAUAAAAUGUUUAAGUAUAACAAA